AUGGCUCGCUUUCCAACUUGGGUUGCUCUGCUGAGCCUAAUUGCGCAAGCUCAUGGCCAUCCAUGCGAUGUGAAGUACCCUCCUCAGACGAAGCCAGCAGAGACCAGGCAAUUCAGCAAAAGCCGCGGCGCCGUUGCCUGUGAGAGUGAGAUAUGCAGUACGAUCGGCAUCAACAUUCUGCGACAGGGCGGCAACGCGGCUGAUGCAAUGGUCGCCACCGUGCUUUGUGUAGGAACAGUCGGCAUGUAUCAUUCUGGCAUCGGAGGAGGCGGCUUCAUGCUCAUUCACAAACCCGAUGGCAAGAAUGAAUCCGUGCCCUACGAAUUUGUCGACUUUCGCGAAACAGCACCUGCAGCAGCUACGGAGAAUAUGUUCAAGAACAACGUGAACGCCAGUAUUUAUGGAGGACAAGCGAGUGGCGUGCCCGGCGAGUUACGAGGUCUAGAACACCUGCACAAGAGCUAUGGUCAUUUACCUUGGUCGAAGCUUGUCCAGCCAGCAAUUGACGUCGCCCGCUAUGGAUUUCCAGUCAACAACGACACCCUCAAGUUCAUGAAGAUGACCUAUACCAAGUCUGAGAACGAGAGCUUCCUGUUAAACGAUCCCGCAUGGGCAAUUGACUUUGCUCCUGCUGGAAGAUUACUCAAAUUCGGUGAGAAGUUGACGCGGAAGAGAUAUGCCGAUACGCUCGAGACCAUUGCUUCCAAGGGAGCCAGUGCGUUCUACGAGGGACCCAUUGCCGAUGCGACUAUCAGGACUUUGAAGCAGAAGAGCGGUAUCAUGACGACGGAUGACCUAAAGAAUUAUUCCGUGGCGAUUCGAGAGCCUUCCCAGAUCAACUACCGAGGUGGAAAGAUCACCAGCGGGUCAGCCCCUUCAAGCGGUGCCGUCGUCGCAGCUUCGUUGAACAUUCUGGACGGUUAUGACUUCCUCGGCGAUCCCAGAAGAGUCAACGAUAGCGCAUAUCUACUUGACGAAGCAUUCAAGUUCGGUUACGGAAUGCGAAGUAAUCUCGGCGAUCCAACCUUUGUCAAAGGUCUGGGUGAGUACCAGGUUCAGAUGUACUCCAACGAUACCGCGCAGGAGAUCCGCGCCAAACUUGACGGGCGUGCUCUUCAAGUUAAGGAUUAUGACCCUAGAGGUCUUGAAAGCUUGGAUACUCCUGGUACUUCGCAUGUCGUUGUCAUGGACAAUUCGGGACUUGCUAUCUCCCUCACGACCACAAUUAACCUAAAUUUCGGUUCGCAAGUCAUUAUUCCCGAGACUGGAGUUAUUAUGAACAAUGAGAUGAACGACUUUAGUAUCCCCGGACAGUCAAACGCAUUUGGAUUCAUCCCCAGCGAGGCCAACUUCAUCAGACCUGGAAAACGACCUCUUUCUAGUAUAAGCACCACCAUUGUCGAAGGACCUGACGGGAAAGUCUCGUUGGUCACAGGCUCUGCUGGUGGCAGUCGAAUCAUAACUGCUACUGUCCAGGUGGUUCUGAAUGCGCUAGAGAGAAACAUGACUGUUCAUGAUGCCCUGGCUGCGCCUCGCCUGCAUGAUCAACUUGAACCGCGACAAGUCACCUUCGAAUAUGCCUACGACAACUCCACGGUUGCUUAUUUGAAGGAAAUUGGUAAUAAUGUCACGUGGGUAGCACCCGGACAAAGCACUGCUCAGGCCCUGAGGAGGUUACUGGAUGGGACAUUUGAAGCUGCUGGUGAGCCUAGACAGGCGAACUCCGGAGGAUUCUCAACUUAA